GGAUGUGAGCAGGGCCGGACCAAGAUGGCGGUGCAGGUGGUGCAGGCGGUCCAUCUGGAGUCCGACGCUUUCCUAGUCUGUCUCAACCAUGCUCUGAGCACAGAAAAGGAGGAGGUGAUGGGGCUGUGUAUCGGGGAGUUGAAUGAUGACACAAGGAGUGACUCAAAAUUUGCAUAUACUGGAACUGAAAUGCGAACAGUUGCUGAAAAGGUUGACACUGUGAAGAUUAUUCACAUUCAUUCUGUCAUCAUCUUGCGACGUUCCGAUAAGAGGAAGGAUCGAGUGGAAAUUUCUCCAGAGCAACUGUCUGCGGCUUCAACAGAGGCAGAGAGGUUGGCUGAACUAACAGGUCGCCCCAUGAGAGUUGUGGGCUGGUAUCAUUCCCAUCCUCAUAUAACUGUUUGGCCUUCCCAUGUUGAUGUUCGCACACAAGCCAUGUACCAGAUGAUGGAUCAAGGCUUUGUAGGACUGAUUUUUUCCUGUUUCAUAGAAGAUAAAAACACAAAGACUGGCCGAGUGCUGUACACUUGCUUCCAAUCCAUACAAGCCCAAAAGAGCUCAGAGUCCCCUCAUGGUCCACGAGACUUCUGGAGCUCCAGCCAGCACAUCUCCAUUGAGGGCCAGAAGGAAGAGGAAAGGUAUGAGAGAAUCGAAAUCCCAAUCCAUAUCGUACCUCAUGUCACCAUUGGGAAAGUGUGCCUUGAAUCAGCAGUAGAACUGCCCAAGAUUCUGUGCCAGGAGGAGCAGGAUGCAUAUAGGAGGAUCCACAGCCUUACGCAUCUGGACUCAGUAACCAAGAUCCAUAAUGGCUCAGUGUUUACCAAGAACCUAUGCAGCCAGAUGUCAGCGGUCAGCGGGCCUCUCCUGCAGUGGUUGGAGGACAGAUUGGAGCAAAACCAACAGCAUUUGCAGGAGUUGCAACAAGAAAAGGAAGAGCUCAUGCAAGAACUUUCUUCCCUAGAAUAAGGCAGGAGACAAAAUGGGGUUAUUGGUUUUCAAAUUUCGAAGUACAGUCCAGAACCACUUGCAUCAGAAUUACCUGGAGGUCAAACUCUGCCUCUGAAGGUGGAGCCCAGAAAUCUGCAUCAACUCCCCAGCAGAUUCUGAGGCAUACUAAAGUUUGAAAACCACUACCCUAGGUCAUAUGGAAUAUAAAUGCUAUACUUUUCCUCAUUCCCCACAACCACAGUUCUUUUCUAUUCUUUUCUUUCCCUAUAGGAAAGAUAAAAUAGCCAGGUGGAAAAUUAAUUAAGCUAAAUCAAUUCUGAAGAAGUAUAAAGCCGGAAGAUUCACAUUACCUGAUUUCAAGACUUACUAUAAAUCUACCGUAAUCAAGACAAUAUGGUGUUGGCAGAGAGAUGGACACAUAGAUCAAUGGAACAGAAGAGAGAACC